AGUAGUCAGUCUCUUCUCUCAGGUGAUCCUACUAUCUUUAGCGUCCGCAGAUACCUUUUAAGUAUAUUUCACUGCCACAUGCAGUCGGAUUUAGCUACCGUCAUCCAUAUUCUUCUCAGACUCAACAAAUGUUUUCGGAGCUUUUCAGGAUUUCCGAUUAUUUGAUACGUUUCUUCAAAAUCACUCCAUUAGGCCUACAACAAGAUUUUCUGUGUGGGUGGUUUUUAGUACAAUAUUUGGAAGUCAAUGUCGACCUUAAGCUUAAGAUAAUAUGUUGUUUUAGGUGAUAUAUAUCACCUAUAUAUAUAGACUACAGUCUAUAGACUAUUUGUGUACAUCCUCAUUAGUCUUCUUUUCCUUUUCUGGACGAACUUUGAUUAAAGAAUGUGGCUUAUAGACCUCAACAUUUGGUUCAUAACUGUUGUGUACCACGUGUAGAUUAGCCCAAUCGGAAAAUUGUGCGAACGAAAAGCUACAUUUUUGAAAAAAGGCUGAUAAAAAGUGAGAAACCUUUUUCAUGUAGGGAGAUAAAUAAAAUAUAGGCUAAAAAAGAAAACAGCGGAAAACUUUCUUGUCCGCGAAAGGUUGUACCUGCUUCGGUUUAACUAGAUAGAAUCAGGAGUUAUUACAAACCCCCACAAAACUACACUGUUGUUGUUACCAGCAGUCGUUCAGCGAUGAUCGUGUUCGAAGACAAAACUUCAUAUUAUGCUUUGAUUAAAAAGGUGAUUUAUGGUAUACUGGGACAAAACCACUCUCCCCAAUAUGCUCAGUACUUAUUCUUUCACAGUUAAACCUAUAUUGUAAUAACGUAAAAGACUAGCAUAUAACCCUGGGGCUUUCGCUCUGCAUAAUAUGACCUUUUUAUAUAUUGCCGCUUUCAGAACGUUUCCAGUUGGUCUAAGCUCAAAGUACGUUGUACGGCAAUGCUGCAAAUAACACUGCAUAUACUUAUCGCUAUAUUCCUGUAUAUCAGCACACUAAAACAAGAUUGUGUACAUACAUAAAGUCAAAAAGGCAUUUUUCGUAUUGUGUAUUUACCUCAUCAAAUUUUUCUGUUACCCCAGUAGCAGUAGCAACUAAGACAGCCAUAGUUCCCUUCACUGCUGGUUUGAAACAAAGAUGGGAGGUGGUUGCAUGUCGUUGCUAAACUUUAUUUGUUUUUAUAUGCUAAUGACAUUUUGAGUUGCAACUUCUCAUGGAUCCCCGCUUUGUAGGAUGUAUCAUUUUCAACCAAACAUGUGGCUCAACUUUUCAAAUUCGAUUCUGCUAAUGCAGUAAACAAAGGAGACUAGUUUUCGAAAUAUCCACAUUGUCGUCCCAAAAAUCUUGUUAAAUGCAUCUGCUGCAUCUCAGUCUCACGUUGAGAUCACUACAUCAUGCAAUCUUUAUGGAGUUUUCUGUGUUAGAGACUCAAAACAACUGUUUUGCCAGCUUUUUGCUACUGUAACUCAAUGGAUACUAAAAGUUAGGCAAGAGAUACAGGGCCAAUAAAAUUUCAUUUAUUUUCAACUUAAAGUGGCUUUGUCACAUUCUCGCCUCCAGUUUUAGUAAUAUAGGAUCGUUUUAUGGGUUGAAUAUCGUAUGUAGCUUGGUUACUGCAUAAGCUUAGAAGAAUUCUAGUUUCCAAAUGGAGAUACUGCUUAGGCAUUCAUUUAUGGGCUCGAGUCCCACCUUACGUAUUCCAGUCUGGGUAACUGCGUAGUAUCAUCAUCUCUCACGUGAAAAGUGUGGCUCUUAGCCUAAUACAUGAGAAAUCUGUUCUAAUUAAUUGAGCCUUCAAAUAUUACCAAAUCGUUCAUCAAGUCAGUUUUGUUUUAUAUUAUUACUAUAGGUACUACCAUGAGCUGUAAUAAACAAAGUCACCCAGGUGACUCAGAAAAACCGCUUCAUGAAACAAAUGAAAUGGAGAGGAUACAAAAAGCCAUUUGUGAAAACUUCGACAAGUCAAUUGUAUUAUGGAGUCCAGGUGAUAUCAGCAGCAUGGUCUUAAGUGAGGGUUUCAAUCUACACAGAAUGCCAAAGAAUUACCUUACUAGAAAGUCAUAUAUUGAGAAACUUAUUUAUCAUGCAACAAUGUCUGACUCAUUGAAAUCCCCUUUUGCUGGUUUCAAAGUAGCCAAUGACUACAUAGAAGAUCUGGACAAUAUCGAUGUAAUCAGUGGGAUCAAGACGUUUAAGUCAUUUAUCCGAUCAUUCUUCAAAAAUAAUACCCGUUCGUCGACCAUAAUCCAUAGGGUUGGUGGCACAUGGCUACUAGAUGAAUUCGAUAUUGAUUCGUUCUUGUUAACCGGUGGAGAAUGCCGUGAGUGGUUAUGGCUCCGCGAGUUUUUAAAGAAAGAAGAUUAUCGUUUAUGUUUAGACUCGCUUUCGCGGAGCGUUUUGAUUUCUCACGAUCUUGAGUCAAAAUUCCUAUAUCAUACGGUCUUCCAGUUACCCGAACUUGGGCUACGAAAGAUGCGAACUUCACAGCCAAAGAGUUUGCCUUCAUCAGGUGAAAAUGAUUAUAUUACCAAUGAAGUUACUCAAGAUGUAGUUCUCAAUAACUUUGGGCUAAGUUCGGAUGUGGACGAAUAUUCCUAUAUAUUAGAUUCUGCAUCUACAGACGGUGUAGCUAAGGCUACUAGUGCAAACCAAAGUAAUAAGAGUCAGUCGUUCCGGUCAUCAUGGGUCACAAACCCAGAUAUGUAUCUCCAUACUGCUGAGUGGCAGUUAAAAGAUUUAAGCUUUCUUGUAGGCUCUGAUAUGCCUAUUUUUGGUACACCAAAACACCCAUGUAUCAGCUUGAAGUUAAGCCCACUGCAUGAGUCUAUUAAUGUUCUCACUGGUGUAGAUGUUUGGUUAGAAAAUAUUAUCAAUGAAGUUCCCGAAGUUGCCAUGUGUUACCACCAUGAAGGUAUUGUAAUGCAAGAGUACGAAAUUUACAAAACUUGUGAAAUUCCAUCGAUUGUCGGAUUUGAAACUGAACAAAUUAACCGAAUAAUACGUAAUUUAAUCAUGUUUUUGAAACGGAAUGCAACACAAGAGGGACAUACCUACUGGUUAGUGAAAGAACCUGGUCUAGGGGUAGUGAAACUUUAUGAUCUAACAACUUUGGGCUACAAAGAAUUUCUGAAUAAAUGUGCACAAGACCCUCAUAGUCGAGAAGCAUAUAUGAAAGAUAACAAUCCAUUUAUUCUGCCUGUUGCUACAUUAUGCUAUAAGUUAGCUGAAAGACGCGUCAAAGAGUAUACAGACUAUCGUGAAGCGCAAAUUCUUCAGUCAGCCUCUGAAUCAUAUACUGCAUCAGCAACAACACAACCACCACCACCGCCAUAUUCAUCUGAAGGUGGUUUCGAUGAAGUAAAUACAGUAAUAGAUGCUUUACGCUUAUUAAAGAAUUGUUUAAAUUUAAUAUCAAUUCAUGAAAAUUUAUCAUAUCCAUCAGAUAUGUCAAAAUUAUCAUUCACCUCAUCGUUCUCACAACAUACAUCUCCAGGAGUAAAUGAUUUAAAAUUUCGUGCUGUAGUCUUACUCUGUCGACUGUAUUCAAUUACGCCUACAAGUGUUAUUACAACAUGCUUUAAAAAUUUACAAGGAUUAAUCUGUUCAAGUCGUGAGACAGUUAGCGUUGAUAUUGAACAGUUUGGAAGAUGUAUAGAUUCGUCUGACUUGAAUGCAUUCACUUUAUCUGAUGAAACUGGAGGAAAUAUCUCAUCAUCAUCACCAUCAUCAUCAUCAUUGGUCCCAGUCAAUUCUAAUCGUGGUUACUUAGGCUCAAUGAUUAUAGAUGCAUUCAGGAAGUCAAACACAUCUCAGCUUUCUCAGUUGGCCAUUUCUAUUCUUGGUGCUUGUGGUCAAAAUUUGCCUUAUAAACACUCUUGUCUGACCAAUACAGAUGAUCAGGAUAAAAUGCUUACACCAUAUUCAUCUUCAAGUAGUCAUCAUCGCCUAAAUAACAGUGUUCAUGAUAAGAACAGUGAUGCUAACAUUAACGAUACACCAGAUAAUAACAAUAAUGAUAACAGAACAAAUGAAUCACAAACUUUUUCUUUACCAUUAACAAUAUUAAAAUCUUAUAUUGGCAAAUCAGAAGAAUUAUGGUUUACAGUUUAUCAACAAAUGCAUAAUGCUGAUACAGUGUUAAAUAUCUCUGUUAUUGAAUCUUUAAAAAUGAUAUUUCGUUAUACUCUACCUGCUUUAAUACUUCUUGAACACUUAGUUCCAGACGCAUAUACACAUAUACACUCAUUGACGAAUGAAUUAUUGUCUACAGAAAAAUUUGUUUGUCCAUAUUGUUCUUCUUGUGAUAUCAUUAAAAAUCCAUUGGAUCAUCGGUGUCUUAAUGAUACUUUAUUUAUGAUUAGCUGUUUAUUUUCUGCUGCAUUCAUAUCCUAUUCAGAAGCUUUAAAAAGAAUUAAUCCAGUACAUUUAAGUCAUCAUCAUCAUCAAAUGAUAAAUACUAAUUGUAAGGAAGAAAUAACUACUGUUGAUACAUUUAUUAUGCAAUCAGCUUGUGAACAAAGUAAAUUACAAAUGGAGAAUUAUCUGCAUGCUGCUCUGAUGGGACCAGUUAAAUUAUCACCCAGAGUAUCAUCAUCACCACCAUCGUCAUCAGUGAAUGAAGAAAUAAAUGCUGGUUCUUGUUCGCUUAUGACAAGAUAUGAGAAUUGGUUCAAAAUUUUAAAUUUAGCAGCUUGUUGUUUACAACGUGUAUUUUUACAAUCGUCUCUUCAUCAUCAUCCUCAUCGUCUUCCCAAUAAACCAAAUAAUCAAUUAAAACGAUAUAAUAAAACUCUAACGUGUGAUUCAAAGUUGUAUAUGACCAAAUUGAAGAUAACCAAUGAUUGGUGGCCAGUUCUAAUGAAUAUGUUUGUCUGUAGUCUACGUGGUAUGUGGUUAGAAUGUAUCAGUACAAAUGAGGAUGAAGAUACUAACUUGAAAUUCAAUCAAAUUCUAGACCAAUAUCUGUCUAUAAUAUCGUCUAAUCCACUUGAAUGUAUGAAUACUACUACUGCCAAUGACAAUUUGAGUAGUAUGAAUAUAACAUCCUAUUUAUUAAAUGAUACAAAUGAAUUUCAAUUAUUCAAAUUACUUGCAUUAUACUCUCAAUCAUCACCAUCAUCAUCGCCGUCGUCAUCCUCUUUACUCUGGGCAAACAAAUUAAGUUCAUUAUAUAAGUGGAGAAAAAGCCAAGAAUGUAGUCUACCUAUGGAAACAUUAUUUUUUAAUCAACAAGUUGAAAAUAAAUUAGUAACAAAUAAUAAAAAGAUGAAUGUCAAUGAUCAAUUCUCAUUAACAUCUGUAUGUUUAGCAAGAUCUAUUGAAGCAUUGUUGCAUUAUCAGAUAAGUCAAACACACUCAAGUAAUCAACAACACCAGCAUCAACAACAUCAAUCGUCUGUACAAUUUUGUGUUGAUUUAUUACGUACAGGGAAUGAAUAUCUGGCGAUUACUUUAGAAGAAUUCAAAUCUUUUAAGGGUGAUAAAGCUGAAUAUCUAGACAUAAUAAAUAAUGUAUUGAAACAGAUAUUACGUCAUCUUCCAUCAGAUCUUACACCAUAUUCAACUUCUUCGUCAACAACAACUACAGCAACAACAACAUCGUCGUCCGGUUUAUCUGAUAACUCGAUUGUUAAUAAAGAUAUUCUACGCCUAUUUGUUAAUUUACGCUUGCAUCAAUUAUAUUUAACGUUAUUACGUCAUCAACACGGGGUAACAUUUAAACGUGGAAAAUCACAAACACCAGCUUGGUCUACAAUGAUUACACAGACUAGAACAACAUUGGACUGGCAUUCUUCUUAUAUAACUAAUAUCAUUUCUAAAGAAAAUGAUAAAAUUAAUCUAGACGUACAAGAUAUUAUUUUACAUGUGAAUUUAUUAAGUCAUCUUGUAAAUUUACAAACUGUUAAUCAGAGUGUACUAUCCCCAUUUGGCAUUCAAACUAUUCUCCGUGAUAUUUAUCGAAUUCAACCUAUCCUAGGCAUACUGAAUGACAGUGUAGACUGUUCCACUCCAGAUGUAUACAACAAUUUACAAGGUCCAUUGAAUUCAAUUUCUCAUAAUUUACAUCAGUUAUGCGAUACAUUAAUACAAAAAUUACAAAACAGACGUGAUAACAAAUCUGAACAAAAAUCAACUAUUAUCCAGAAUACUAAAAAGAAGAAUAAGCAAAAAGUUAAAAAGUCACAAGAAGAAACAUCAGAAAUUACUUCUCCAGAAUCUCUGUUAUUAUCUAACAUAAAGCAGGUAGAUGAUGUCUAUUCAAAAUCGAAAUUAAGCGUUGACAUAAGAGAAAAUGAGUACAAUAUCUUUAAAGGUAAUUGUCAAAUGUUAAAGCAACAAAUUGACCACCUAGAGAAGUAUUUAAGUGGAUUAUAAGACUUAUCUACACCUUGAUACUUACCUUGCACUUUCAACCCUCUUUAUCCCUCUGUAAAUUUCCUUUUGUAAGAGAUCUAUUCUUCAAUUAAACUUAUUUUUAGACUUCUAAUAUUUUUUGCUAUUAAAUACUCGUUUGUUUCUAGGUGUUACUAUAUCCAACUAUCAUUAACAAGGUGAAAGCUAAUCAGUUUACUUCGAUAAUAUAUGUAAAAGAAGUAGGUGUCUAGCACUGCGUGCGUGUGUGAGUCGGCGGUUCAGCUGUAGAAUACUCCCCAACCACCCCUGAGAUUACAUCCCCGG